AUGCGCCACCUCACCCUUGCCGCCCCACCCACCACCGCCCCUUCCCUCUGCGUGGCCGCCUGCGAGCUCGUCGGCGGCCGCCGCACCCUCUCCCUCGCCGCCGCCGCCGCCGUCCACCUCAUCGCCGCCGCCGCCCACAUCCACCAAAACCUCCCCCUCACCGACCGGCCCAAUCCCAAUCCCAGACCCAAUGUCAAUCACAUUUACGGCCCAAACAUCGAGCUUUUAACAGGGGAUGGGAUUAUCCCUUUUGGGCUUGAGCUUCUGGCCCAAUCGAUGGACCCGGCUCAAACCAACCAGGAUAAGGUGCUUAGGGCGAUAAUCGAGAUCAGUCGGGCGGGUGGGGCCCACGGGAUUGUGGAAGGGCAUUAUCGGGAGCUCGAUUCGGAGGAGUGGGAAGAAAAUGUGUGUAGGAAGAAAGAAGGGGUGCUUCAUGGAUGUGGGGCGGCUUGUGGGGCGAUAUUGGGAGGGGGAAAUGAGGAGGAAAUCGAGGGGUUGAGGAGGUUCGGGAUUUACGCGGGCACGAUUAGAGGAUUACGGGCCUCGAGUAAAAACGGGCCUGGAAUUGAAGAAAAGAUUCGAGGUUUGAGGGAUUUGGCGAUUAAGGAGCUCGAGAUUUUUCGAGGGAAGGAGCUCGUCGAGGUUGUCGCGGGCCUUUGUUGA